AUGUCCUUCCGGAAGGAUGAUGCCAGUGAUGCAACAGCUCAUCCAGCCCAGAUAGUGCUUGACAUUCUUGGAUCUCAAGAUGAAGAGAAUCGAAAGCUGCAUUGUCUUCAGAUUCAAACAUGGUACCAAGAAUAUGCCACUUCUCGAGGGUUACCGAAUCUGUUCAAGAACCCGGUUGCCAAGGCAAUUGAUGCUUCGAUGCAUGACGAGACCAUCAAGAUUCCCCUGGUGUGUCUCCGGUUUGACAAGCCGGUGGACGGCCUACCAGUGAUGGAGGACUGGAUCACAACAUUUGAAUCCAUGUUUUUCGCUGGCAUAGAGUUGAACCGAGAACCCUUGGAUUGCACCAUGUCUGGAAAUGGAGGCCAGUAUCUCUAA